GGCAGGCUCUGAGCGGCUGUAGGAGGAGUCUGCGGUCACCUCCCCCUCUGAGGCACUGCGGCCAGAUUCCCCCGCCGAGGUACCACCACAGCCGACAAGAUGUCCAGCAAACGUGCCAAAGCCAAGACCACCAAGAAGCGCCCCCAGCGCGCCACCUCCAAUGUCUUCGCCAUGUUUGACCAGUCGCAGAUCCAGGAGUUCAAGGAAGCCUUCAACAUGAUCGACCAGAACCGCGACGGCUUCAUCGACAAGGAGGAUCUGCAUGACAUGUUGGCUUCCCUGGGGAAGAACCCCACUGAUGAGUACCUGGAGGGCAUGAUGAGCGAAGCACCAGGGCCCAUCAACUUCACCAUGUUCCUCACCAUGUUUGGGGAGAAGCUGAAUGGCACCGACCCUGAGGACGUCAUCCGCAAUGCCUUCGCCUGCUUUGAUGAGGAGGCAUCAGGCUUCAUCCAUGAGGACCACCUGCGUGAGCUGCUGACCACCAUGGGGGACAGGUUCACUGACGAGGAGGUGGAUGAGAUGUACAGGGAGGCUCCCAUCGACAAGAAAGGCAACUUCAACUAUGUGGAGUUCACUCGCAUCCUGAAGCACGGGGCCAAGGACAAGGACGAUUAGAGCCCAGGGCUAUUCACCCUUCUGCCUCCUCCUGUGCACACCCCCUGCCCCUCAGCCCCUCUUGCUUCCUCACAGCAGGCUCCCCCCACAGG